UGCUAGUUGAGGCUCAUUACAAAUUCUUAUGCAAGGAAGAAUAGAAAAAAGACCUAAACCGUGGCACCCAUUCCGAUUACCAGGAAUGUGUGGACUAAGAGGAACCACAUGUGUCUUACUGACACUAACUAUAAUAAUUGUGUCACUUAUUUUCUUAAAGGAAGUAGAGAAAGUGAGACAGAACGACACAGGGCCACAGAAAAGGGAACUGGCUGAGGCCAGGGUAAGUCCCCCUCAUACUAAUCCACUUAGAAUCACUCUAAGACAGGGAAAAGAUGAAAGCUUUCUGUGUGAUCCUAUAUCUGCAAGUCUAGGAUUGUUGAAGAAUCUGAAAUCCACCAGAAGUUUAUAUGGUACUGAAUUCUAUUUUUGUUCAGAGUUUUGCAGUUGGUCUGAUGUCAAAGCUUACUACGGAUCAGGAGUGUGGGGAAUUGAUGAAAGAUUUAAGAUAGAAAUAGUGGAAAAGGAACAGACAGGAAUGAUAUGGAGAGAUGGGAGCAAGGGCUAUGCAUGGCUGUUAAAGAUCACAAUAUCCGCAGUUCAGUAUUCUGAUGCUGGAAGAUAUUAUUGUGCAUGGUCUAAAACAGGAACAGAUGCUUAUCAGGAAGUUCAAAUUAAUGUUGUAAUGCCUGAACAUGAACAAGACAGUGAUGUUGAAAGAGUAAUGUCUGAGCUGCCUCCAACUCUGGAUGACCUCCCACAGGAGACAUCCACUGAAGACAUAGAAUUCAUUAUGAGUUCUGAUUUAAGCAAUAAUGUUAAGGAGGUGAGGACAGCUAAGGCUAGAUGUGAAGGAAAUUAUGCAUGUGCAUUGGCUUUGUUACAAAGAGGAGUUUUGAAGGAAGAGAUAGAUGGAGAAUGUUGGAUUUGUAUGCAACUCCACUCAGCGUGGAAAACACACCCUGUAACAUCAGAUUUGGUAUGUCUUGAAAGAAACAGAUGUGAUGUACCGAGCCAGAUGUCUAUAAUUUUACAAAUGACAAAUAAUCUAAGAACAAACAGAGCAUUGUUGUUUUCGCUACGAGAGUAUAAUUGUUCCUAUAAAGGACUACCUUUUAAUGGACCAGCUUUUCAUGUACAAGCACACAUCGCAGAUUUGUGCAUUUGUUCAAACCAAGGAAAACAUUAUGUAGGAAUGUCAGAUUGUAAGAAUACAAUAACUCUGAUUCAAAAUGCAGGAAAUCAGCCUAAUUGUACUAUUAAGUAUGAUAACCAGACUGUUGAGAAUUUUCACUGUCCGUUUUCUUAUCUUGAUAGCUCCCCAGGUAUGAUUUGGACCUGUGGGGGAAUGGCUUAUUACCAUUUGGAUGAAGGAGAAUGGCGUGGAUGUUGCUAUCCAGCUAUACUCUCCACAGGAACUACCGUGUUGACACGUAAAGAUCUUGAUACCUGUGAGAGUCAGGCAACACCAAACAGACAGAAAAGAGAAGUACAUAGUAUGCCUGAUCGAUACAAUGGUUACAAGACAGCUACGCCCUGGACAACCCCAUGGGAGAAUGUGGGAUGGUCCAUAGCUAGUUUCUUUCCAGGAGUAGGAACCUCCAUUGCUUUAAACAAAAUUAAUGGUUUAGCUUGGCAAGUCUUGUCAUUGGAAAAUGAUACUACUCAUGCAUUAAAUUUGAUAACAGAGGAAAUGAAAAAGAUGAGAGAAGCAGUAGUUCAAAACAGACUUGUCCUCGACCUUUUAACAUCCCAGCAGGGAGGCGUUUGUAAAAUGUUGGGAGUAUCUUGCUGUUUUUACAUUCCAGAUAAUUCUGACAACAUCUCCAAUAUUGUGGACCAGAUGAGAGAAUCCAUCCCAGAGCCAAAGAAAGAUGAUUCUUGGCUGAGCUGGCUCAGCGGCCUUUGGGGAGGAUGGGGAACUUGGAUUCUACACACUGUUGUGCCUAUUGUUAUAUUCAUAGUUAUUCUUCUGCUAAUAGCACCCUGUAUGAUGCAAUGUAUUAGUACUUCUAUAAUGCGUUCUGUUACAGCGCUCACUACAGGACAUACCUACCAAGCAAUGUUGCAGGUAUCCAAUCCAGUGCAGACCUUUGUUAGGGUUCCAGAGCAGUUGGAGAUGAGUGUGAUUGAAGCUGAGGAUUUUCCAACAGAUGCUGAUAGCUCUACUGGAGAUGAUUAUGUGCACACUUAUGAGUUAGAGCCUGAAGACUGAUUCUGAUAUAUGUGUGUAAUCCUGAUUAUAUUCAAGAAACAUAAGAUAUGCCCAAGAUUGUUCACGAUUGUGUAAGACAUGUCUUCGACUGUCUUAAAGUGGCCAUUGUGAGAUUCUGCUCGAGUACGUGAACACAUCUUGUGAUACAGGACAUUGUGUGAUAACAGUAUGAUGUAUUCCUUUGAACCUUACUCUAUAUUCAUGGUGUUGCUCAAUGCAGUGUGUUAUGCUUGAUCAGCCAAAUAUCUGCCAGACAUUACGUUAUUUCAUUUCCCUAUAAAAGUAACACCCCUUGUACAAUAAAGUUGAGCUUAGAAUGAACUACACCACUUGUGUGACUCAUUCUUGGUUCCCGGGUACCUGCU